UCCUGUAACUGCGACUUCUCAGAGAUUAUCAGCAGACUGUUGCUUUUUUCGGCUGAUGUUUCCUACUGUAGGGGGUGAGUUAAAGAGCGAUUCUUGACGUUGUUAAUUUAUUUCAUCGUUAAUGUUUACAGCUGAGUGUCUAAAACUGGCAGCAGAGGGAAAUGACAUGUCAACGGCUGAAGUUACCGCUGAAUUCCUGACGGUAACGUCUGCGCCGCCGCUGCUCUGAGGGAGACUGAGAGAGAGCAGCAACUGAAGUUUAUUACACUUUCCUCGAUAACAAAGGAGGCUCGGUUUUUACUAUCUGGACGAUUACUCGACGCCAUCGUUCUCAAAACGGCACCGGAAAGGAUUUAAAAUGCAAGACAUGUUCGUCCGCUGUGUUUGCAGUGUUAAAGGACAUGGAGCCAGGAGAAAGACCAUCUGAGUGAACCGUGAUCAAUUAAUAUUCAGGGCCUUUGCUUCAUCAGACUCCCACCACCACCGCCUGCAGAUUUGAUCAAGCCAACUAAAUGUAAAGGAUCGAUUUGUUCCAGCCACCAUGGAUAUCUUUCCCCGGCCAAGCGGAGAAAUCCAGAGGAGAAACCCCCAGCAUGACUUUGAGCUCAUUCAGAGGGUGGGAAGUGGCACAUACGGAGACGUGUACAAGGCUCGAAACAUCCAAACUGGGGAGCUCGCUGCAGUGAAAAUCAUAAAGUUGGAACCAGGGGAUGACUUUUCCAUCAUACAGCAGGAAAUCUUCAUGGUGAAGGAAUGCAAGCACCACAAUAUUGUGGCCUACUUUGGGAGCUACCUCUGUCGAGAGAAGCUGUGGAUAUGUAUGGAGUACUGCGGCGGAGGAUCUCUGCAGGACAUUUAUCAUGUGACCGGGCCUCUUUCAGAGCUUCAGAUAGCGUACGUCUGCAGAGAGACUUUACAGGGUUUGGGAUAUCUGCACAUCAAGGGCAAGAUGCACCGUGACAUCAAGGGUGCCAACAUACUUCUCACAGACAACGGAGAUGUGAAGUUAGCUGACUUUGGAGUCGCAGCCAAAAUCACAGCCACCAUCGCCAAAAGGAAGUCUUUCAUUGGCACUCCUUAUUGGAUGGCUCCUGAAGUAGCAGCUGUGGAGAAGAACGGCGGCUACAACCAGCUGUGUGAUAUCUGGGCUGUCGGCAUCACGUCCAUAGAGCUGGCCGAGCUGCAGCCUCCAAUGUUUGACCUGCACCCGAUGAGGGCUUUGUUUCUGAUGUCAAAGAGCAGCUUCCAGCCUCCAAAACUAAAAGACAAAAACAAAUGGUCUGCUGCCUUCCAUAACUUUGUAAAAGUUUCUCUGACGAAGAACCCAAAGAAGAGACCCACAGCAGAAAAACUUCUAUCGCAUGUCUACGUGGCUCAGACGGGUUUGACAAGAAGGCUCGCUGUUGACCUGCUAGAUAAGAUGAACAACCCCGAUAACCAUCAGCAUUACAGUGAGGUGGAUGACGACGACCUCGAGCCCCUCUCUGCGGUCCGACAUACCAUCCGCUCCACCAACAAACAUGCCCGGGCUGAGAGGACGCGCUCAGAGAUCGACUCACACAAUGGGACAGAUCAUCGAGGGCCAAGUCCUAGCUUCUCUGAGGGACACAGGGGGGACGCAGUCGACAAGCUCCAGUUUGAACCUCCGCUCAGAAAGGAAACUGAGGCUCACUCUGAAAUGGAUGUGAGUAAAGAUAAUGACUUCCCUUCACCCUGGAGUCCCUUCGCCGAGGGAGGAAUAACAUCCAGGGGCCACAUCGCACAUCUCGAAGAUGCCUUUGAAGAAGUGGAGCUGUCGACUCUUAAGCCUGGCGUGCCUCCUCCUCUGCCUCCAAAGCCACGGUUAAACAGCUCUUCAGAGGAACUCGGCCUUAAUGAUGAGAGGUCUCUGACAGUUCGGAGGUUCCCAAACUCGGAGAACGGACCGAGUCAGGUGGCUCGCAGACAAAGCACACCUGAGCAGGGCAACAAGGUGGAGCACUCGUCUCCAGAUUUCCUCUCCGCCAGCGUCAGCAGCCCUGGCCUUUUGUCUCACGCCUCUGAUCCUGAUAAUGAUUCUGAUGGCAGCGUGAACGGCGGCAGUCCCAAACCUCCACCCAACCGACAACACCGGAAGGAGAAGAAGGAAUUCCCUAAACCAGCUAUCAAUGGUCUGCCACCCACUCCUAAAGUUCUGAUGGGAGCCUGUUUCUCCAAAGUGUUUGAUGGCUGUCCUCUGAAGAUCAACUGUGCCACGUCAUGGAUUCAUCCUGACACCAAAGAUCAGUACCUCAUCUUUGGGACCGAGGAUGGCAUCUACACGCUGAAUCUUAAUGAGCUGCAUGAAGCCACAAUGGAGCAGCUUUUCCCAAGGAAGUGUACGUGGCUGUACGUUAUCAACAACAACCUGAUGUCUUUAUCUGAAGGAAAAACCUUCCAGCUGUACUCCCAUAACCUCAUCGGCCUAUUUGAGCAGCUAAAGAAGCCCGGCCUAGCUGCUCAGUUCCAGACUCACCGCUUCCCAGACAAAAUUUUACCCAGGAGGUUCGCCCUGACGACUAAGAUCCCUGACACAAAGGGCUGUCACAAGUGCUGCAUUGUGAGAAACCCGUACACGGGACACAAGUAUCUAUGUGGGGCGCUGCAGUCUGGGAUCGUCCUGUUACAGUGGUAUGAACCCAUGCAGAGGUUCAUGCUCAUCAAGCACUUUGACUUCCCCCUCCCCAGCCCGCUGAAGGUGUUCGAGAUGCUGGUGGUCCCGGAGCAGGAGUACCCUCUGGUGUGUGUGGCCAUCAGUCAGGGCUCAGAGCCGAGUCAGGUGGUCCGCUUUGAGACCAUCAACCUCAACUCCUGCUCCUCCUGGUUCACGGAGAUGGGAACAAGUAAUCAGCAGGUUGAUGCGAUCCACGUCACCCAGCUGGAGAGAGACACAGUGUUGGUGUGUUUGGACCAAAAUUUGAAGAUUGUCAAUCUUCAGGGCCGACUGAAGUCCAACAAGAAGCUCGCAUCUGAGCUCAGCUUUGACUUUGGGAUUGAAUCUGUUGUGUGCCUUCAGGACAGCGUCUUGGCCUUCUGGAAACAUGGCAUGCAGGGAAAGAGCUUCAAGUCUAAUGAGGUGACUCAGGAGAUUUGUGAUCCAAGCCGAGUUUUCCGCCUCCUGGGAUCUGACAGGGUGGUGGUUUUGGAGAGCCGACCCACAGACAACCCCACAGCCCUGAGUAACCUCUACAUCUUAGCUGGUCACGAGAACAGUUACUGAGCCGCUCUCUGAGGAAACCGUGGGAAACACGCCUCAGUGUAUGGGAGAAAACCCCAGACUCUGACUUCAGGAUUCACUGUCCAGGGAAACGUCUGGAUUCAAACGUGUUUUUGUUACUGAUCCUGGGAUCCACAGCUCACUGAGAAGAGGAGCAUCUUCAGUCCGAGCAGCGACACUGUCACUGAUGUGAGCAGGUGAAAACAGCUCCACUGAACUUUCCUGAGCAUCUCUCACUUCUCUGUACUGUGGACUGAGUUACAAACAACUUAUUUAGCGGUAUUAUUGUCAAAGUGCCAUUAAAAAUCACCAGAAUGUGUGAUUGUAUUAGCAAACGAUGGGAGAUUUAUCGUGUCUGUAACGCUCAUAAUCACUGCCGCUGGAGAGGAGAUUUUUAGUCAAACUAAUAGAUCAAUUUAAACAGAAACCCAGCAGCAUUGUGGGUUAUUUAAGCAAUAUUUAUUAACCUCAUGUUAGGGUAUGUUUGAUUUACAGACCGUGUUAAUAGGCAGAGGAUUAACUACCUAGUGUAAAUCCCGAGCAGCUUUGGGUUUAUUUUAAUGCUUUUGUAAUAAAGUUACAUUUUUCCCGCUUGCUGGCUCACUCCGCUGCGUUCAUAGAAGUCUGGAUAUAAUGUACAUUUCUCUUUUCUUUACCUUUCUCUUUUAUAGACUCUUUUACUUCUCAUUAUUUGCACCAUGUAAGCACUUUUGUACAUUUUUUAUUUAAAAAUUAAAACGACAAAAUGAGGGACAAAUGCUAGGUUUUUGUUAACAUCUUUGCAUUCCCUUUGCAAAAUGUUUUAAUGUAUGCUGUUUUGUAAUAAAAAACAAAUCUGUU